UUAAAAUUACUCUCUGUUUUGAUCCGAUUGACUCGACAUGACCGUUCUGCCAUGUCAAUAGUCAAAGAAGGACAGCAAUGGGAUGAGUGAUGGAGAGUUUAUUAUGGCACCGAUUCUCCCUCUUUAUUAGCUCUCCUAAAUUCAAGUCCCUGUCACUGCCACUCUCGCUUCAUAACCAAAAGCCUUCAAAAACUGAAAAUCUAAUACACUCUCCUAUUCCUAUACAUCAUCUUCCAUGGAUUAUACUCCCCAAGGUUACAGGAGAAACGUUGGUGUUUGUCUCAUCAAUCCUUACAAAAAGAUAUUUGCAGCUUCAAGGUUGGAUAUAAACAGUGCUUGGCAAAUGCCGCAGGGUGGUGUCAAUGAGGGUGAAGAUCCUAGAAGUGCAGCCAUCAGGGAAUUAAGAGAAGAUACAGGAGUUAGUUCAGUGGAAAUUGUUGCAGAGGUACCUUAUUGGUUGACAUUUGACUUCCCACCUGAAGUCAGGGAAAAGCUUAAACAUCUGUGGGAAUCAGACUGGAAGGGUCAAGUACAGAAGUGGUUUCUUGUUAAAUUCACUGGGGCAGAUGAAGAAAUCAAUCUGUUGGGUGAUGGGACAGAGAAAGCUGAAUUUGGAAAGUGGUCAUGGAUGUCUCCAGAACAAAUAGUUGAGCUUGCAGUGGAUUUUAAGAAGCCUAUUUACAAGGAAGUUAUGACAGCUUUUUCUCCAUAUCUUCAGUAAACUUAAGUUAUAGUAUUCACUGUUUGUUUUCUUGCAAAUGAGCAGUCCUACAAUUAACCGAAUUCGAUAAUUUAAAACAGGAAAAUAAUUCAAUGAGCCAUGGUUGACUGAAUUAUAUAUACGCCGGAUAUCAGCUUGCAGGUCCAACUCCUUUAAUGACAUCAUUUUGCUAUGUCAAUUGAAUAUAUUCUAAUAAAUUCACUGGGCCUGUGUUGUG